CGCUUACAUUAGAUUUUUUUUAUGUCGUUUUCAAUUUUCAUGUUUAUGUCAUUAGUAUUUGACAAGUUCUUCUUUCUCUUUUCUAUGCAAUAGCGCUCCGCUUUAAUCUGUCUCUUUCUUUACUGUUUAUUUUUCUGUGUGGAUUAGAAGUGCACCUUUGAUAAAAUGGCAAAGUCAAAGAACCAUACAAAUCAUAACCAAAACCGCAAGGCUCAUAGAAAUGGAAUUAAAAAGCCCACGAAGACGAGGCACGAAUCAACUCUAGGUAUGGACCCUAAAUUCUUAAGGAAUCAAAAGUUCUCCAAAAAGGGUAACCUGAAGCCUGCCCAACAGCUAGAGCGUGCUGCCGAGAGAAAAGCAACAAGAGAAGCCAAGGCUAAGAAAUGAAGGGUUUUAAUUAUAAGCAAUAAAAUUUAAAAAUACAA